UGGGAUUGCCUCUUAUCCUUCAUCUGCUCGCACAGGAGCGAAGCAAGGGAGCGAGACAGCGUGUGGGCGCCGCCGCCAUGGCUUGCUCCGUUCCUUCCGUCGUCGCGUCGAAGCUCACAGCACCGAUGGCCUUCUUGGCGCCUGCAUCUGGCUCUUUACCGAGAGUACAAGCAAUUCCGAAGGGCUUCCACGGUCUGAGGCGGAGCUUCCAACCUUGUCCUGCCCGGAUGUUCUCCGCCCCAAGAUCUACCCCAAGAAGUUUCGUUGUCAAGGCCUCGGCCGAGAGCUACCAGCCUCUAGUUGGGAAUAAAGCACCGGACUUUGAGGCCGAAGCUGUUUUCGAUCAGGAGUUCAUUAAUGUCAAACUUUCUGAUUAUAUUGGGAAUAAGUAUGUGAUUCUGUUUUUCUACCCACUGGACUUCACAUUUGUCUGCCCUACAGAAAUUACUGCUUUCAGCGACCGCCACUCAGAAUUUGAAAAGAUAAAUACUGAAGUCAUAGGUGUGUCAGUUGACAGUGUGUUCUCCCAUCUGGCAUGGGUUCAAACAGACAGGAAGUCAGGUGGGCUCGGAGAUUUGAAAUACCCACUUGUAUCUGACAUCACUAAAUCAAUUUCCAAGUCCUUUGGAGUUCUUAUCCCAGAUCAGGGUAUUGCAUUGCGUGGAUUAUUCAUCAUAGACAAGGAAGGAGUGAUUCAGCAUGCUACCAUCAAUAACCUUGCCAUUGGCCGUAGCGUCGAUGAAACCUUGCGAACUCUUCAGGCAUUGCAGUAUGUUCAAGAGAACCCAGACGAGGUUUGCCCUGCAGGAUGGAAACCUGGAGAGAAAUCAAUGAAGCCUGAUCCUAAACUUAGCAAGGAAUAUUUCGCAGCUGUUUAGCGACGAUUGGAUUGUUACAGUCGCACCAAGUAAUUCUGUAGUCUCAAAGAUUUGAUUUACUGUGCAUUUGUUGCAUUUGGCUCUUUGUCGUGAUCAGUAGAAUUCCUAAUAAACGUUGGAAGUUUUGGCCCUCGUAAUUCUACUCCAUUUGACAGUUUGUCCU